UCCAUUUAGAGAGACAUCUUUAUAAACUAUAAAUCAGAACAACCAGACAUCACAGCUAAAACAGUUAUAAAAGUAAGUAUGAUGCAACCCAGGCAAAAAGUAACUUCACCUGACGCUGGACGGUCCCAGAGGCUGGAAAGGAGGGAUUUUGCAGCACCAUCUCCCGGCCCGGCCCCCGCCUCUGCCUCUGGAAAGAUUUGGUCUGUCCUCUCUCCGUGGAUGACUUGACAAUGAUAAAACCGUGGGCGUCUGCGGAGAUGGUGUACGGGGAACACCAGCCGGGGUAUAGGAUGCCUCAGAGAUAGGCAAGCCUAAUGACGCAACUGGUUUACUCAACACAGCUUCAAAAUUGUGAGGGACAGGAUAAUACUUGCAGGGUUUCCCACGUUUCCUAUGACCAAAAGCAGGCUGAGGACUCGGAACCUGACAGAUAUAACGUGACACAGGCACACAGACCCUCUUCCGACUUCUGGCAACAAGCUUCUCGGACACCAGAUACCAAUGCAAACUUUCAUGAUGGCAUACCUUAUAUUGAUUUUUUUACCUGUUGUUUUCAGUACACGGGCGCGCAUAUUAGCAGCUGGAUAUGAAACGGUCAUCUCCAAAGAGCCAUACAAGGAGAGCCGGAAAGUUCUUACUACAAUGGGAGAAGAAUGCAAGUUCCCAUUUCGUCAGGGUGGUAGGAUUCAUCAUCGCUGCCUCACCAUCCUAUCCUCAAAACCAUGGUGCUCCCUCACACAUAAUUUUGAUCGGGACCGGCAGUGGGGCUUCUGUGCACCGGAGAAAACUCAGCCAGAUGUUUUUGUCCACACAUCACGUAGAAUACCAGAUCCAUGUCGGGUGAAUCCAUGUCAGCAUGGAGGCGUCUGCACGCUGAUCCCACAAAUACACUCGUUUGAGUGCUCCUGUCCUGAGAGCUUCACUGGGAGACUCUGUGAGCAGAAGAAGUGCUAUGAAACUUUACACCUGCGCCAUUAUGACAUCGGAGAGUCUUGGGGCCGGAUUCACCUUCGCAAUGUGGAACAGUGCACAUGUGUGGCGGGGGAAAUCGUGUGUGAAAGAGUUCAAUACACAAUGUGCCGUUCAAACCCUUGUCAGAAUGACGGAACGUGUCGACUGAUCACAUCCACCGACAAAGAAGUGUGUAACUGCAGAGGUGGCUACAGCGGCCCAUACUGUAGCUUAGAGCCAGAGACAGAGUGCUACGACAGCAGGGGCACAGAUUACAGAGGGCUGGUGGGCACCACGGUGUCCGGCGCCCGGUGUGUGGCAUGGAACUCAGAUCUGCUAUAUGACGAGCUCCAUGUGGGCACAAUGGACGCUUCGUCCCUCAGGGGCCUCGGGGAACAUGCCUACUGCAGAAACCCUGAUGAAGACAAGAUGCCGUGGUGCUACACACUAAAUGACGCCACCAUCUCUUGGGAGUACUGUGACGUCCCCUCCUGUGUUAUGUCUGUGUCUUCUUCACGAAGGAUUGUCCCAUAUAAUGACCUGCCCGGCAUUAAAAAACUUCUGCCCCGUGUGCCUUCCAAAAAGCACGUCUGUGGAAAAAAGCACAGUAAAAGGUUAUCGGUAGCCAGGGGGCGGAUAUUGGGUGGAACAUCAGCACUGUCAGGUAAUCACCCCUGGAUGGCAGCCAUUUACAUCGGAGAGUCAGACUUCUGCGCCGGCACCAUGGUCUCUUCUUGCUGGAUUGUCUCUGCCGCUCACUGCUUCUUCCGCAACCCCCUGAAGUCUCAGCUUCGAGUGGUGCUCGGUCAGCAUAGGUUCAACAUCACGGGUCCCAACACCAGGACAUUCCGAGUGGAGAAGUACAUCUUUCCUAAACAGUUCUCAGUGUUUAAUCCAACACUACAUGACAUUGUUCUGAUCAAACUGGCGAAGCAGGACGGGCGCUGUGUGAAGAGAACCCCGUUCAUCAGACCCAUCUGUCUCCCAGACAAAAGCAUGACGUUCCCUGAUGGGUACUGCUGUACUAUUAGUGGCUGGGGACACAUGCAUGAGAAGGCACAGGGUUACUCUAGUCUGCAGGAGGCUGGCGUGAGGCUGAUUCCUCAUGACACUUGUAGGAAGCCAAAUGUUUAUGGCAACCAUGUCACUGACGACAUGAUUUGUGCGGGGCUCAACGGCUGUGUCGACGCCUGCCAGGGCGACUCCGGGGGCCCUCUGGCUUGUUCGAGGGAUGAUGUCAGCUUCCUGUAUGGGAUCAUCAGCUGGGGAGAGGGCUGCGGCCGCUCUCAAAAACCUGGUGUUUACACUAAAGUUGGGAACUAUAUCGAUUGGAUCAAUUCAGUGAUCGGACACAAACCCAAGGCUUCAUAAAAGGACAUUACCUGGACAUUAGUUUUUAAUGUAUGAAUAUUGUACUAUAUUGUAUUUAGUUUUUUAUUUGUAAUUCUUGUGAAAGUUUAUUAUUUUUUAACUGUGAAACAUGUUGUGACUGAAUAAACCUUUACUGACUUGA